CCAAAAUUAGCCUCCCAAGGCUCAAUAAGAAGCUUAGUGCUCGUACGCAGCCGCCGAAUGCGCUCGAACGUCGUCCCAUGGCUGCGGCAGCACUGCUCGGUGAACAUAUUUCGCCUGCGCGCAGUUCUACUCGGCGUGGGUCUCGUCUCGGUGCUUGCGAUGCGAGCUCCAAAGAUCAUGGUGCAGGGCUCGCCGCCGAUGCCGUGGACCUCGCAGCUGCAGACGUUUGUUGACCGAUGCGCGCCCAUGUGCGAGGCAGGACGGACAUCGCUGUGCGCAGCCGCCUACAGCGAUGCCAAGGCGUGCCAAGCGUACUGCAACAGCAUGCGCCUCAGCUACUACACGCGUCUUUGGCCCAAGCUGCCCGUCGCCUGCGACCGCGCAUGCCUGGCUUUUCGCCCGCAUCUCUGCGGCCAGCGCGAAACCUGCCGCGACGCGUGCUCUGCGACGGUGCGUGCGGCCGUGCCACCGCUUGGACGCGCGGAAGACGUCGUGCUCGAGGUCCCGAGCCCCGGAGGCUCGUUCUGGGCGACGCUCGUCGUCGUCCUCUUGGCGACCACCGACCUCAUGGCCUCGCUCGUGCUAUGGGGCCCGCAGCUACGCGCCUCCGAAGCCGACAUCUAUGACAACAAGUACGACUUGUCUUCUAAACUGUGGACGCUUCUCGAAUCGCCGACCAACCUCCCGACGCUCUGCAAGAUGUGCUACGAAAUCAAGGUGCUCUGCUUUGACGACGCGGACGGCAACGGCUUGGCGAUUACGGUGCUCCUGCAGCUCCUCACGCUACUUCAUGACCACGUGCCCGUCUGGGUCGCUCGGUGGCGGCAGCGCGCCCAAGUGCAGGAGCCACCGCAAGCAUCGAGCCCCGACUCACCGCAACCCAUUUAAGCAAAAAGACUUCAACUCGAAUGACAAGAACACUCGCUCGGAUGGACAAUAAUUACUAGUUUGUUACGUGUUGAGAGAUAAGUUACAGCCGG